AUGCUUUCGCAUUUCCUCUCCACCCUUUUUAUUUUGGCAAUUGGCCUCAGGGCGGCCAUUGCCAGCGACGAGAAUGAUUUCGAAAAUGAUCCCCAUACGAAACGGGUACCGAUGAAAGCAUUUAGUAUACAACCGCCCUACUUAGAUUCAGACCUGCAUCACCGGUGGUUUGAUUUUGGCGGUGAUACAAUUAUUCGCACUGAUCAAUACCUACGGCUCACUUCCGACCGACCAUCUCAAAGGGGCUGGCUCUGGUCCCGUGUUCCAUUGACGGCAACCAACUGGCAGAUUGAACUUGAAUUUAAGUUGCAUGGUGAUGGUAGUCUGCACGGGGAUGGUUUUGCUAUGUGGCUGACCAAAGAACGCACGACCACUGGCCCAGUGUUCGGAUCGGCCGAUAAGUUUGAAGGGUUGGGGAUUUUCUUUGAUACUUAUAAAAAUGGGCGGACUGGCAUGUCCUUUCCGAUUGUCAUGGCUAUGAUGGGGGAUGGUCACACCGCUUAUGAUUCCCAUUUCGACGGCAAGGCUAACGACAUUGGUUCUUGCUCGGCUCGUGGAAUUCGUGGCGCUUCCAGCCCUACAAAGGCCCGGUUAACCUACUUCCAGGACAAACUGCUUGCCCUCGAUCUCCAAUACCAAUCAGACGGUAGCUGGACGUCUUGCUUUAAAAUUACCCCUAGCAGCAACGUUCCUAUCAAAAUCCCCGCCAUUUCGUAUCUUGGCUUUUCCGCGGAAACUGGUGAGCUUAGUGAUAACCACGAUAUCAUAGAGCUAAAUACCUAUUCCCUUUACAAACAAUCCGAUGAUAAAACCUCUCAACCUGCAAGCCACGGACACGAGACCGCGAGCGCUGGAAAACCAGUGAUUGAAGAAAAGACAGGGGGCAGCUGGCUUUGGUCUUUCUUCAAAUUCCUGAUGUUUUUGGUUAUUGUUGCUGGUGCAUAUGUGGGUUGGACGGCAUAUAGGACCAAGCGAAUGGGCUCAAGGUUCUGA